AUGACUACAACCCUGGGCACCUCCAAUGUGCGAGGCGUCCCAUCUCGCCUGACUCGAACCAAUCCUGCCAGAGCCUCGAAAGGCCUCGGAUCGACCCUCCUGCGCCAAAACUCACUCGUCUCCAACAGUGGUCUUGCUCUGACAUCCUCUUCCACCGCCGUCGCUUCACAAGGCCAGGCCAACAAUGACCCGCCAGCCAUGUACCCUGCCAUUACUCAUUUUGCCGAUGCGAUCUCCGCUUUGCCUCGAGAAUACCGCCGACACACCUCACUGCUGAAGGAGGUCGAUGCAAAAGCGUGGGGUCCUGAAGAAAAUCUACGAGAGAUCUUGGAGCAGUGUCUGACGGACAGUGCUGUGACAACGAAUCAUCUAGCUGCUGCUUCUCAGAGCCUAGCUGGCUCCGUUGUCGCAGAUGAUACCCUGAAUCUCAGCGAAGCGAACAGCGUCGCCGGUGCGUCCUUUGACAACGCCUCCCUCGCCUCUGCGCGAUCUGCCGAUCCCAUCAUCAUGCACCGCAGACAGCAAUACCACGCUCUGAGGCAAAACCUCAUGACGAUCAUGGUCACUAUGGAUGAGAAAAACCACGUCAUCAACAAUGCCAAUGAAGAGGUGGGGAGACACAUUCAGAGAUUGGAUCGUAUAUGGCCACACAUCGCGGACGAAAUAUCGGAAGAAGCCAGACUGGGGAGCCUGAAGCAUUGGGCCUACACCGAAACGAAUCCCAUCAAGAAACCCACCGUGCCCACUACGCGCAGAGAGGCUGCGGCCGCUGGCUUAGCCACUCUGCAUGAGAGCGAGGUCGCGCAUAGAAGCGAAGCUAGGAGGGAGGCGGUUCUUGCAAGGAGGCAACGGGGAGCCGCCAAUCAUGCCGACUCUGACUUUGACGAAUCUAGAGCACCCACGCGCAAAACAACCACCAGCGGCAAGAAGCGGGCGGCUGAUGCAGCACUAGAUCCUGCUGGGCUGGGCAUCAGCGGCGCAGGUGCAGGCACGGGGAAGAGGAAGAGACCGGAAAAGCCUGCAACUGCGGGUGUGGCCAUGGAACGCUCGAUAAGCAGUGCGCUUGGAGGACGCCCGAUGUCUAGGGAGAAUUCGCAGCAAGAAAACUCCAAGAAGAGAAAGGCAUCCGCUACUGUCACCUCUGUGGCCCGCAAACGGAUCAAUGCCGCAACCCAAGACUCGCCCAAACUCGCCUCGUCACCGCUUGCUGGAACAACGGGGAAAGAAGCUUACAAGCGUAGUCCUGCUCUCUCUGCAGUCCGCCCUGCCGGUCGAGGACGCCAGAAUUCUGCACAUACUGUCGAGAGCGUGAAAGGGAGACCUUCUUCCCUGACAUCGAGCAGAAAUGGGAAUAAUAACAACAAUGUGGCCGCUGGUAUAUCGGAGUUGGGCAGUUCCGCUGCGGUUAGUGGGAAGAGCACAACAGACACAAAAGCCGAGAAGGGGGAGCGACUAGUUGAACAUGAGUCUGCGAGGUUGAAUGACGCGGAUGGCGAACAACUAGCGAAAGGGAUCGCAUCGUCGGACAAGACCACCAGCAGGCAAGAUACUGCCAAGGGCGACCUACAAGAGGAAGUAUCCGCAAAGGAGGCAGCGUCGCCGCGUCUGCCGCCAGCACUGCAAAUAAAUGAACUGAAGAACGAGCGCUUGGGUAGAGGCCGAGCCUCCAAGACGUCAACACCGGUAGUUAGCACUUUUGCCGAAGUCGACGCUGCAGAGACGUCGUCGACUGGCGGAAAUGGCGGUGGUGCCACGAAAGCCAAACGCCCAGCCAGACCGAGAGUGAAGGACCACGGUCUCCACGAUUCUCUGUCACCAAAAGGCUUGCCAAUGAAGCGACCUCACAAAAAGAGUGCGAGUUUGUCGUUUCCUUCUACCUCGAAUGCUCUCGGCAGCCAGCGGGUAAAAGAUGAAACGGACCCUCCCACGAAAUCGUCCACGCCAUCAGACCGCGACCUGGCGACAGGCACCCCGGUGAUUAACCCCGAAGCAGGAGAGGUAGAGGACGAGGAUGAAGAAAUCGACGGACUGGAGGAAGAUGAAGAGAGGUACUGCUACUGUCAAGGGGUGAGUUACGGGGAGAUGGUGGCGUGCGACAGGGACGAUUGUCCCAGGCAAUGGUUCCAUUUGGAGUGUAUUGGGCUGAAAAGCGUGCCCAAGAGCGCCAAGUGGUAUUGUGACGAAUGUAAAGAGGUACUGGCAAGGAGUGAGAAGACGGGCGGGAAGGGAAAGAAUGGUGGCAAUGGACACAACGGAAAGUAG